ACACCACAAGCGUGCCUUAUACAGUCUUCAGAUUUCGAGGUUAUACUACCCAUAUCUAUUGCCUAUCUUCAAGACCACAAUGGCUUCAUCAGCAGAACCUCCCACUUCUACACCCGAAGAUGCUUGGAAGCAUACUGGCGUACGAGUCAUCCCAGCUGAUUCGCUGGACAGCAAUACUGCCCAGACUCCUGGUAUGCAACGCGCGGCAGCGAUAAAUUUCGCUCGCGUCGGUGCCCAAAAGCUAUGGGCUGGAACAGUAACAAUCUCACCCAACGCCAAGACCGGAGCUCACCACCACGGCCAUCUCGAAUCAGUUAUCUAUGUAUUGAAGGGAAAAGCGAGAAUGAGAUGGGGUGAAAAGUUGGAAUUUACUGCUGAGGCUGGCCCGGGAGACUUUAUAUUUGUGCCGCCGUACGUGCCGCAUCAGGAGAUUAAUGCGUUGGAGGGAGAAGCAUUGGAGUGUGUUUUGAUGAGGAGCGAUGGAGAAGCAGUUGCUGUCAAUCUGCCUGACCUGGUCCCAGCGGAAAAUCCGGAAGGUGUAAAGUGGAUUGACCCUACGCACGCAAAUCUUCCUGAUCAUCAUCACCAUGAACAUACACAUAGCCAUGGGGAUGGAGAUGGGCAUACGCAUGACCACAGUCAUUCCUAAGGGUACCGUAGCUGAGGUAAUAUAUGGAACACAUUUGAUGGUGGAGCCGAAUUCACAGUGAAAUGUAAUGUAGAUUCCUCGAGCAUGCGUAAAAAUACUCUAUCUGCAGCUUCUUUAAUUCCGUUUCCAAGACCUGAAACUAGACAUGAAAAGAACUUGUACAUGAGAAAUAAGAAUGUACUAUCAGGCGAACGAAUCAAAGAAUCAAAGUUUUUC